AUGGCAACCCGCUCCCGGCCACCCUCUCGAGCCCGCUCCCCUAUCGAUCAGGGAGAGCUGGGACCCUUCCUUCCGCCAGCCUCCCCUGAGCUCGGCGAAGUAUCUCUUGAGCGGGUCAUCCGCCUUCUCUGGGGACUCCAAUCCCAGGUUGACCGCAUCGAGCGGACCCUCUCGGAACAAGCCAAAGUUAGCCGAGAGGUUCGGACCAAUGUCGAGAACAUCUCACAAGCGGUCGAUACUGUCAAGGAUGGGCUUGCCCAACUCCAGCAAUCCCGGGGCCCCCACACCCCAGAAGAACGAAAACCCCCCGCAGUCAAGGAAACUCCCAGGGCCGCGCCCAAAGUUGAGCCUUUUGGCAAGACUCAACCAUCCCUCGGGGCCCCAGCCCCCAUCUUCUCCACAGGGGCCCCUAGGCGCGACCCCCUCACCCUCUUCAACCCCUAUCCCUCCUCUUCCUUCCCUUCUGGACCGGCUCCAGCCCCCCAAGGACCUCCACCAGCGCCUGUCAUUGCCCCGGCGCAGCCUCCAGCCCCCUCCACUGUAAAGGUGGACCACCCAGAUGCCUUUAAAGGCAAGAUAGGCUCGGAGGCCAAGCAAUGGCUAACCCGCAUGUUGGCCUGGGUUCGCCUCAACCAGAGGCAGUUCCCCUCGGACCUGGAGGUCCUCAGCUUCCUUCUCAUGAAUAUGGAAGAAGCAGCAGGGGCCUGGGCCCAUCCCCACUUGGACCAAUUGGGGUCCCAUCGCGCACUCAUCCAGACCGUGGAUGAGUUCAAAAUCGAAUUCCUGGCCGCCUUUGGCGACCCUGAUGCAACCCGUGCAGCGGAGCGGAAGAUCACUUCCCUAACACAGACCGGCACUUGUGCCGAAUAUAUUACUAAAUUCCGCACGCUGCAAAUGGAGCUCGAUUGGAACGACGCCGCACUACGCGGCCAAUUUGCACGGGGACUUCACUGGGAGGUCCGAAAACAGAUUGCCAUGAGGGAGAGGCAACCCCGUACCCUGAGGGAGCUGCAAGAUGCUGCCCUCAUCAUUGACAACGCCCUCCAAGAGGAACGCGCCAGCCACCUGCAUCAGGGUAAUAAGUCUGGUAAAACCUCCACCACCCCCAACCGGGGGGCGAGUACCGGCCAACAGGCCACCAGAACCGGUCCCCUUUCCUCCGAUCCCAAUUACGUCUCGGAGGAAGAACGCAACCGCCGCCGCGCAGAAGGUCUCUGUGUCAAAUGCGGCAAACCAGGGCACAAGUUUGCCAAGUGUCGGACCGGAUGGAAGGCUACCCCAAAGGAGGAUAAGGGGAAGGCCAAGGAAGCCGCCAAAAUUGGCAAGGACUCUGAGUACCAAUCGGGAAAAGAAAUCACCCCACUCUUCACAAUUCCAAUACAGCCAGAGAAAAAAGCAGAAACAAUAGAAGUCCUGAUAGAUUCAGGCGCCACAUCGUCAUUCUUACACCCCCGUACCGCGGAGUCACUCCGCCUUCCACUCAUUGACCUUCCUUCACCCCGUACCGUUACUAUGCUCGAUGGGUUGAGCCCCCAGGCAGGAAAAAUCUGGAAGAAAGCAGUACUUACCUUCACCUAUGAUGGCAAAAAGAUGACGGAAACCUUCCUCAUCUGUAACACUGGCAGUCACGCGGCCAUCCUAGGUUUAAAAUGGUUAGACGCCCACAACCCGGAAAUAGAUUGGAACACGCGUACCCUCUCCUUCCCACACACUCCGCCAGAACAUGUGGCCAUUGCCGAGGAAGAAGAAGCAGAUAAGAACCCCCUUGAAGGAGUACCCUCCAAGUACCAUCAAUACGCCAAGGUAUUUGGAGAAGAAGAAUUCAACAAGCUUCCUCCACAUCGGCAUUACGAUAUCGGAAUAGAACUCACGGAAGAAGGCCCCCUCAACUCCCCCCUUUACAGUAUGACAGACGCCGAGUCCGCCACACUCAAGGACUGGCUCAGGGAUGAGUUGAAAGCUGGGAAGAUCCGCCCCAGCAAAUCCUCCAUCAGCUCUCCCGUAAUGUUUGUACCCAAGAAGGAUGGCUCCCGCCGUUUAGUUGUUGACUACCGCCGCUUGAAUAAUCGGACCAAGAAAAAUGUCUACCCCUUGCCCCGACCAGAUGACCUCAUGGCCCAGCUCCGUGGCGCCAAGGUCUUUACUAAGCUAGACCUAAGGUGGGGUUACAACAACGUCCGUGUUAAGGAAGGGGACGAAUGGAAAACUGCCUUCCGCACCAAGUACGGUCUUUACGAGUCCCUGGUCAUGACCUUUGGCCUGACGAACGCGCCCGCGGCCUUCCAACAUUUUAUGAACGAGUUAUUCAAAGACUUGCUUGAUGUAUGCGUCAUCAUUUACCUCAAUGACAUCCUUAUCUACUCCAAGGAUGACGCAUCACACACGCAACAUGUUCAUGAGGUCCUGAAGCGGCUAAUGGAAAACCAGCUAUUUUGCAAGGCGUCAAAAUGUACCUUCCACGUCACCUCUGUGGAAUAUCUUGGGAUCAUCGUCUCCGAUAAGGGUUUUAGUCUGGAUAAGCUCAAAAUCCAGGCGGUACAGGAAUGGCCGGUACCCACUAAAGUCAAGGAAGUCCAGUCGUUCUUAGGGUUUGCCAAUUUCCUUCGCCGAUUUGUCGCCAACUUCAGCCACAUGGCUAGGCCGUUACACAACCUAGUCAAGAAAGAUACACCUUGGAGAUGGGACACAAAGGAACAGGAAGCAUUCCAAGGCCUAAAGGAUGCCAUUACCAACGCCCCUGUACUCUGUCACGCGGACCCUAGUAAACCAUACUUCCUCAAAACGGAUGCAUCUGGUGCGGCCCUAGGAUCCAUACUCAGUCAACGCCAAGAAGAUGGACGCCUACAUCCGCUGGGAUUCCUGUCAGAAUCAUUCAAGGGUGCUGAACAGAAUUAUGACACCCACAAUAAGGAACUCCUGGCCAUUAUCCGAUCAUUUGAAUACUGGCGCAUAUUCUUGGAAGGUACCCUGCACCCCAUAACGAUUUUCACUGAUCAUCGGAACCUGGAGUACUGGAAGGAGUCUAGAACCUUCAACCGCCGCCACGCACGAUGGCACCUUCUCCUUGCCGGUUACAAUUUCCAGAUAGUCUAUUGCCCAGGGAAACAGUCAGGGAAACCAGACGCUCUCUCACGCCGCUCGGAUCAUGCCGAUGUCCCCCCCGCCAACCAGACAAUGCUCCCAGGCCCUGUAUUCGCCAACGUCGCCUUAGUCACACCAGAAAAGGACUUACAACAACAGAUUGAGUUGUCCCUGGAUCAGGACAAGUCACUAGAAGAAAUCCUCCAAUUCUUACAGAACGAGUCCAAGGCACCGCCCUCCAUCAAACGCGCAUUCAAGGAUUACAAGAUGGAGGCCGGCUUACUUUUCUAUCAAGGACGAAUUGUAGUCCCCGACGUUGGAACGCUAAGGACAGAUCUGCUCCGCAUUUUCCAUGACAGCCCCUGGCAGGACACCCGGGAAGACAACGCACUCUGGAAUUGUUGUCAAGAAAUUAUUACUGGCCGGGUAUCCGCAGUGACACGUAUUGGCAUGUGGACUCCUGUGAAACGUGUCAACGGAUCAGGAAGCCCAGAUACGCGCCUAUUCCACCUCAGCCUCUAG